AAGUGUUUGUGAUUUUUAUAGUCUUAAGUUCCAUCAAACAUCUGCAUUCACAUGCGGACGUACACACACUCACAACAGUCGCUUGUUCUUGGUCUUUUGGCGAGGAUGGGUUAUCCACUGGUGAUUCUGUUGUGUGUGGGACUGCUCCACCAGACCACGAGGGCUGUCCAUAUGGAUAAACUAGCAGACCAGAAGAUUUGCGGAGAUGCAGAGUGCUCAUAUGUUCUCUCCAUGGCCACAGUCUUGGAUUACUUCAUAUCUCCUGACUGCCGAUUUCUCAACCUCAGAAAGGGUCAGGUGGUUUAUGUGUACUCCAAACUCAUUGCAGCAGAGGGCGCUGGAGUCUUCUGGUCUGGAAGCAUUUACAGUGAGCGGUACGUGGACCAGAUGGGCAUCAUUGGAUAUUUCCCUGCAACUGUGGUGAAGGAGACACAGAGGUUUACAGAAAACACAGUUAAGAUCCAAACAACUGACAUGGACUUCUACUGCGAUUAAGGGGCUGAAACCUCUUCCUUGUCAACUCUUUCUGUUAGUAACUCUGGCAUUUAUAAAGGACAAAGUAUGCAGACAUUAACUCAAUGAGUCUUUUUGUCUAUAUUAUUCCAACAUUUUGAUUAUAUAAAUAUAUAAAAGUUAAAGAAAUGAAUUUUCCAGACACCUUUUUUAUGAUUUUUCUUGACUAGUAAUUGCAAUUAUAUUGUACUUGUCUUUGUUACACAUCUAGAAACUGGCUUGGAGCUGCUUAUGCUGAGAAAUAGCUGCUGUGAAAAUGAUUAAAUUCGUUUUCUAAAGCUUA